UAAACGAAAAGAAUGUUCAGUUUUUCUCAAUACGUUUCAUAAAAUAACAAGUGGAAUAAUUAUAUAAAGUGUACGCAAUGGAAAAAAAAUUCUUAUUUAUUAUAAUCAUAGUACUUCUCGUAAUAAGUAUUAAUGCAAAAAAAAAGCGAUUAUUAGAAUUAUUUGCUGGAGACAUCGUUAAUAUAAAUGAUUUUAAAGAAUUAUCAACUGAAACCGUUGGAAACAUAUUUGAAAGUUAUAGAGCAGACGAAUUUACUAAAACUGACUAUUUUACUGGUGAAAAUUAUACUAAGAUAAAAAAAAAAACAUGUUUAUCUCUUGGCUCUUUAAUAUCUUAUUCUUAUCCGGAAAUCAACAUUGAUGAUACAGAACAAGAUCCUGCAAAAAUAUUUAACAGCACGGAUACACUAAGAUAUAAUUACUUUGGCAUAAGCGAAAAUUAUAUUAAUAAUGAAUAUCUGUAUGGUAUUGUUAAAAUAUGUAGAGUCGAGAGAACUGAAAAUCUAAACAUUCGAGUCAUUGACGAUAGUGAUUUUCCAAGUAUUAAUAAUCGCAUGAAUUAUAAACUAUUACUCGAUGAAACUUCAAUUUUACGAUUAAAAGGGAAUAAUGGGACACAUGUGGUAUCUUCCAUCACUACCGGAGAGUGCCUGUUACAAGCUUAUUUUAACGGAGCAGGAAAGUGUAAUCCAGCAGACGAAAGCCAGAAUAAAACAAAUUUAGACAAUUUUUUCGAAUCUUCGUUUUAUAGAAGCCGCGUAAUAACAGCCAGUAAUACGCGCAAUCUUGAAAAUAUAGUCAAUGAUUAUUUAUAUAAUUCCGGAAAAUCACUUUUCGAUUUAAGUAAUGAUCCAAUGGCUCACCCCAGUAUUCUCAAUCUUCUAAUUCAAAACGCUGUUAUUCGUAUUAAAUUAUAUUCACUACCUGAAUUACUAGAACCACUAAUCAGAUCGAAACAGAAUGCAAUGCCUCAUAAAAUUCCGUUGAAGUAUUUAAAACCUGGUGACAUUAUCAAUGCUUUUGAUUUAAAAGCUUUCAAUUCUUCUAUUACGGUCGAUAAUAUAUUAAUUGAUGUAUACGAUGAAACAACUGACAGAUUCACGACGAUUGAUUAUACUGAUUGUUUUGAGUACAUCGAAAAUGAUAAAGUACAACUUAAUUUUGUCACUUAUCAAACAUACCCUCAUUAUCCCGCGGUUUUUUAUUAUAAAUUCGGUGUAUUUGACGAAAUAGUCAAACGCAAAAAUUACGGAGUUGAUCGUAAAUAUUUAAAUAAUAAAUACAAAUGUAUGAGGAUUAUCAUUUGCUCUGAAUUUGAAAGGCGAAAAUUAAUUAUUCCGACUGUUCAUGUCAUUAGUUUGGGCGAACAGAAUAUUAGGUACUCAAAAAUUUUUCAAAAUGAAAAUAUUGUCUUACGCUAUAGGAUAGAUGAAGAAACGCACCAUGUUGCUCGUACAGAAAAAGGCAAUUGCUUGUUCCAGGCAUUAGUGUUUCCAAAUGACGGCCAAAAUCGAGAAUAUAAUACAUCAAAUUUAUCUCCUUUAUACACAGGUAAAAUAAUAUCAGCGACUGAAGAUCCUGUGUUUGAAGAAUGGGCAGAAAAUUUUGUCAGAAAUUUGACAGUAAUUCCUUCAAAAACUUUUAUAGGUAUGGUAAAUAAUCCUGAAGCUACAGCAUCUUUUUUCUCACAAUUUACUUUUAAUAACCAUAAUAUUACUCUGAUAAAUAUUUAUUUAGACAAUUUGCAUUGAAUUUCUCGACAUUCAUAAUCAAAAUUUGUUAAAAAAUAGAUAUAUUAAAAAGCGUUUAAAAAUUUUGGAAACGAUGCGAUGCAUAAUUUGUGGAAAAUAAAAUGAUCUAAAAUACAGACCCCAUAACAUUCCGUGAUAGUUCUGACUUUCGCCGGAAAUGUCACAUAAUACUGAAGUUUACUGUAGAUUUUUUAAAGCUUAAGAAGUCACUAUGAAAAAUCAAUCCCCCAAACGAUUUUUCAAAAUUUUCAUUUUAAUAACAACUUUUUUUUACAACGAAAAUUUUGAGUACUUACAAUUAAAAAAUAGAUUUCAAAUCGACCGUUAAAGAUAAAUUAAUGAAAUUUCUAGAAUUUAUUGUCAAAUAUCUACAUUGAGAGACAAAUUUAUUCGCCAAGAAUAAAAACACGUAUUAGAAAUUUUUCUAAAAUAUUGCUACAUAUUAAUGAAUUUUAUUUACAUAUAAGUAUGAAUUUUAUUUUAUAAUAAUAAAUUCGAUUGCAGAGAGAUAAAUGAGAAUUUUAUCAAAAAUAAAGUUUCAUUAGCAUUUAAUAAAAUUUUAUUAGCAUUCAAUGAAAUUUUAUUAGUAAGGUAAAUGUCCCAAUACCGGAACGACGAAGGGUACACGACUGAUUUUUAUCGUUUUAAAAAUAUUCAAAUAAAUUAUAAGCCAAAAUAAUUUAUUACAUCAUAGAAUAGAUAUUUACCUAUUCAAAAAUAAUCAAAUUAGUUCAUUUUUCUUGAAUUUAAUAUAAAAAAAAAAAUUUUUUCUAUGACACUCAAAAGACCCAAUACCGGAACGCUGAAAUAGCCUUGUCCCAAUACGGGAAUUCGGUUGUCCUAAUACCGGAACAGUAAAUAAAAUGAGUUAUUUUUGCAUUUAUACAUAGUGAAAAUAUUAACAAUUAUUAAAUAAUAUUAAUGUAAAACGAGUUUGAAUGUAGCAGACAUCAGACAACUUAAAAAAUAUAAAUAAAUAAGUUUAAUAAUUAAAAAACUAAUAUUUACAAAAAGAGCACUAUUAAUUUUUAAAUUUUUUGAGUUCGCAUUUUUUUAAAUUUUAUAUUAUUAAUUAUUUAUUCGAUUUAUUAAUUAUUUCAAAUUUGUCUGAUGUCUGCUAUAUCACACCCAUAAUGUGAAAUGUACUUAAAAUUUUUAAAUGAUUAAAUAUUUAAUGAAAAUAAAUAUUUUGAACUAGAGGAUAGAAACAAAAUAAAUCAUUUGAGGCUAUACUAUAAAAAUAAUUAAAAAAAAAAAACUAAAGACAAACAUUUAUUUUUUAUGAUUUAAAUUAGAGUUUAUCUACAUUUGAUGUAUUUUUUAUAACAAUCAUACAUACUGCAUUAAAUAUCAGGGCUCUAAUACUAAUUAAUAUUGUACUUGAUUUAGCCAGUCAAUAAAACUCACCGUUAACGUCUAUCGAUAACAUUAAUAUGAUUGGCUGUUCCAGUACUGGGCACGGGUUUAUUUUGGUGUACCAAUAGACAAACAGUAAAAUUAAUACAAUAAUACUAUUUUUUUCAUAUUUUUAAUAUGUUUUCUUGAAUUUUAUGUCAUUCAAGAUGCAUAUACAAAAAAAAAAUUAUUGAAAAGUAAUUCUAUACAUUUUCUAUAAGCUUAAGACCAUUGACUUAUUUCUUAGCAAAAUCAUUAAAAGACAUGAAAAAUUCAUGAAUCCGAGACUGUUGCUCUAAUUAACAUUUUUUUUUUAUAUUUUGGAUAUAUAUUCUAAAAUUAAUUUUAUAUCCUACUUUGUAACUAAAAGAUUAAGGUUUUGAAUAAGGAAAAUUUUAUUUAAUUUCAUUGCGUACGAGUUAAAAUAUAAUAUAAUGAUUAUCAAAUUGUUCCGGUAUUGAGACAUUUACCUUAUUUAAUAAAAUUUUAUAAUAUAUAAAUAUAUGUUUACGAAAAUCACCGCAAGCUUUGUUCUAUGACGGCCAUCUUCAAUUCGUAUGAAAGUGUCAAAUUUGACUGCUGUUAAUUUGAAAAAAAAAAAAAAA